UGGGAAUGGUAGUUUUCCCAGCGCGGUGUCCUGGGAGUUGUAGUCCUCGGUGGCGGAAGUGGGAGCGCCUCAGCUAGAGGAGCCGGAGCAGCCGCGGCAGCGUCAGCGAAAGCUCCGCAGGAUUGACGCUCGCCCUUACUCCGGGCCUCGGGCUGCCUCGGAGGGGUUAUAUCCACGGCAGAGGUCGUCGAGGCGGUGGGAGCUGGGGGCAAGGGGCUAGGCAUCAUCCCGAUGCGGCCCCAGGGCCCAGGAAUGGAGAUCAGCUGCUGCGAAGAGACGCUGCCGGAGGAAAGCAGAUUCUGGAAAUUAAUGUUUGGAAUACAGUAACCACAGUGAAUAAAACCAUGUUCCGUAGGUCAGCAGAUAGUGCUCUGGGUCACACAACUACCAAAGGACCAAGAAAGGAACACUGGAAAUUACUGAGUAAUUUGAAGACUACUGUGGAGGGUUUGGUGUCAGCCAAUAACCCCAAUGUCUGGUCCAAAUAUGGAGGCUUGGAGCGACUUUGCAGAGACAUGAAGGGCAUUCUCUAUCAUGGGCUCAUCCAUGACCAGGUCUGCUGCCAACGAAAUGAUUACUGGCAAUUUGUGAAGGACAUUCGGUGGCUCAGUCCUCACUCAGCCCUUCAUGUAGAAAAGUUCAUCAGCUUGUAUGAGAAUGACCAGCAGAGCCCAGAUGGUGUGAGGGAUCAGGCCAUCGCAGAACUGUGGCUGCAGCACAGCCUGCAGUUUCAUUGCCUCUCAGCUCAGCUACGGCCCUUGCUUGGAGACAGACAGUACAUCAGGAAAUUCUACACAGAGGCUGCUUUCCUGUUGAGUGGAGCUCAUGUCACAGCCAUGCUACAGUGCCUAGAGGCAGUUGAGCAGAACAACCCCCGCCUCCUGGCUCAGAUUGAUGCAUCCAUGUUUGCCAGGAAGCACGAGACCCCACUGCUGAUGACCAAAAGCCAGAGCCUGACAGCACUGCCUGGCUCAUCCAACACGCCUGCUGCCAAGUAUGCCCAGCACUGUUACUUUGGCUCCUUUUCAGGUCCUUACCAGUCUACCCCCAUCCACAGCACAGAAAGAAGACCCACUUCCUUCUCCCUUUCUGGACCUUCACGGAAACCUCAAGAAAGCAAAGAGUCUGCCACACUGGCUGGGGACCGAUCCUUCCAAGGCUCCUUAACUCUUUCUGUAGUCUCAGCAUUGGCCAGGGAUUCGCCACCAUCCCCAAACGACAUGAGCUCUAGUGCUCUGACCAGCCCCAGUGAAGAACCUUGGACCAGCAGCCAGGAUGACCCCCAAAGUGAUGCCAAUGAUGGGCCUGAAUACCUAGCCAUUGGCAACUUGGGCAAUCGAACCCGAGCUUCUAGCUGUCAGAGUAACAGUAGCACCACCACCAAGAGUAGCAGUUCUAACUUAUUCUCUUCCAGCAGCUCCCAGAAGGCCAAUUCUCCUGCUUCCUCCAUAGGGGAGCAAGAGGGAGUUGGUCAGAGCCAGGUGCCUGGGGUCAUUCGUAGGUCCAGCUUUUCAGAGGGCCAAACACUGAAUGUUUCUGGUGGAGCCAAGAAGAGCUAUACCCGUUCACAUUCUGACACCAACAUAGCUUCUAGGAGAGUCCCAGAAGGCCUCAGGAAUAUCACCAUUAUAGUUGAAGAUCCUGUUGCAGAAUCCAGAAAUGAUAACUCAAAAAUGAAAGCACCUGCCUCCUCCUCUGUCCGAAACAGUGAAGUCAGUACUCCCAGCUCUCUGGACAUGGAAUAUGAUGGUAAUCAGUACCUGUGUUCAGGGGAAGGCAUGUUCCGAAGGCCUUCAGAAGGACAGUCCCUCAUCAGUUACCUGUCUGAACAGGAUUUUGGUAGCUGUGCAGACCUGGAGAAGGAGAAUGCCCACUUUAGCAUCUCAGAGUCCCUGAUUGCUGCCAUUGAAUUAAUGAAGUGCAAUAUGAUGAACCAGCACCUGGAUGAGGAAGAAGAAGAUGACAGUGACAAGGAGAUCCAGGAGCUGAAACAGAAAAUCCGUCUUCGGCGGCAGCAGAUCCGCACCAAAAACCUCUUACCUGCCUACCAGGAGACUGAGCAUGGAAGCUUCCUGGUCACUUCCAGUGGCUCUCAGUUCAGCUCACGUGAUUCAGCACUACUCUCCGACUCUGGCUCCACUGAUGAAGUUGAUGAAUUUGAGAUCCAAGAUGGUAGUGAUGAGUCUAACCUGAUUCACACGUCAAAGAACGGACUGUCAGUGUCAAUGGCCUCAUUGUUUUCAGAUGCUGACAUUAGGAGGAGCACAAGCUCUAGCAACAGAUCCCACUUUUCCUCAGAGUCUUUCUCCCACAGUUUUCUGCAUUCCACAUCAGCCGAGGCAGUAGCCAUGGGACUUCUGAAGCAGUUUGAAGGGAUGCAGCUCCCAGCCGCCUCUGAGCUAGAGUGGCUGGUUCCUGAGCAUGAUGCCCCACAGAAGGAAGAAAAGCAGAGUGUCAAUAAGAUGCAGGACAUUCUGUCAAAUUCAUUCAAAGAGAGGCCAGCUGAGUUUGGGCUCCUGCCCAUCCCUGACUCAUUGCCCAUCUCACCAGAUGACGGGCAGCAUGCUGACAUCUAUAAGCUCCGCAUCAGAGUUCGAGGGAACCUGGAGUGGGCCCCACCCCGGCCCCAGAUAAUCUUUAACAUUCAUCCUGCCCCCACAAGAAAAAUUGCUGUGGCCAAGCAGAAUUACCGCUGUGCAGGGUGUGGCAUCAGGACAGACCCUGACUAUAUUAAGAGGCUCCGGUACUGUGAAUAUCUGGGCAAGUACUUCUGCCAGUGCUGCCAUGGGAAUGCCCAGGUGGUCAUCCCUAGUCGAAUCCUACGUAAAUGGGACUUCAGCAAGUACUACGUCAGCAACUUCUCCAAGGACCUGCUCACCAAGAUUUGGAAUGAUCCACUCUUCAAUGUCCAGGACAUCAACAGUGCCCUCUACAGGAAGGUCAAGCUGCUCAAUCAAGUCCGGCUGUUGCGCAUCCAGCUGUACCACAUGAAGAAUAUGUUCAAGACUUGCCGGCUAGCAAAACACCUCCUGGAUGCCUUCGACACAGUGCCAGGGCACUUGACAGAAGAUCUCCACCUGUAUUCCCUUAAUGACCUGACUGCCACAAAGAAGGGAGAGUUGGCACCUCAGCUUGUGGAGCUCGCCGGGGCGGGCACCACACACGUACAGCACUGCAUGCUCUGCCAAGCCAAGGGCUUCAUCUGUGAGUUCUGUCAGAAUGAGGACGAUAUCAUUUUUCCAUUUGAACUUCAUAAGUGCCGGACCUGUGAAGAAUGUAAAGCUUGUUACCACAAAGCCUGCUUCAAGUCUGGAAGCUGCCCCAAGUGCACACGGCUGCAGGCCCGGAGAGAAUUGCUGGCCAAGCAGAGCCUGGAGUCCUGUGUGUCCGAUUAUGAGGAGGAGCCAGCUGAAGCUGUAGUCCUGGAGGCCACCUGAAGAAUGGCACGUGUCACAAGAUACUGAGAUCGGGGCCAUCCUGUGGCCUCCCCCCACCCCAACCUACCUUCCUACCAUCCUGGGGUUUUUUAUUUUAUUUUUUAUAACUAAUAUGAGCCCCUCAGUUGGCACCUUGCCUGGUAUGUGCCAGGUUACUGGGCUCCCUGAGGAUUUGUUGGGAGCCAGGAAUUUCCCCCAGAAAUAGCAGUGGUCAAGAACUGUUGGACCUGAUUUCCUUUGCCACCUUCUGAUCCUUCAGGGCUAGCCCACUGUUCUGACCACUGUCUCACGUCUUCAGUACUUUUCCUACUCUUUUCCUAUUGGUACUAGUGCUUCUGAACCAAGUUCUCCAAAGUCUUUACUAGAACCUGCUCGUGUCUCCUUUCCUGCUAAAACAGGAAAUGGUUUUCCCCCCUGGGGAAUUAGGGAACCUGGAAUUAGGUUAGACUAAAUUCUGAGGAGGGGCAGCAUAAAGCAGAAGGAGCCGCCUAGGCAUGUUGCAGUUGCUGCAACUUCCCAGGCAAACGAGAGUCCCACAAGACCUUUUUAGGGGUGGGAGUGGGCUUGGCCCAAGGGAGAACACAACAGCCCUCUGAUGGCAGCCCCUGUAGAUGUCCAACCAAAGCAGGACCGUAAAGGGAAUUUUACAUCUAGGUGGGAUUGAAGCGGUCCAUCAGCCCUUGCAGCAUGUUCAUAUUCUAACACUAAACCACUUGAGCAUUGUGGUACUGGAAGAAGAAUCUUUGGUGAUCAGACAGGUUCCCUAAUACCAGUAUCAAUGGAGUGCAGAAAUCCUGCUGCCUUGCUUGCUUAUGGGAGGCUGUAGGGGAAAGUAAAGUCCAGUUCUCCUUCCUCUUUGUGUCUGAUGGUGACUGGUGCCUGGGGGCCCCCCUCCCCCGUCUUGUCUUCAUUCCUUUCAUGGUAGGCACUGCCCUAGGUGAGGCGCAGCCAAGCUGUCACUCUAAAGGGAUGGGUCCGUGUAAGCUCACCACAUAGUCUCUCUAGACACAAGUUAAUUGUUGCCAAUCAAUGCACUUCCAAGCCCUUGAUCUAGCUUGGUGACACUCAGCUAUCCGACUAUCCUCUUCAUUUUAAAUUAUUUUUUCAUUUGAUGCACUUCGGGGAAAAGUUCUCUGUUUAGAAAUGUGUGCAUUUGUGGAGGUUUUGGUUACUUUCACAUCUUUGCUCUUGGUUUCUGUGCCCAUCUCCACCACAAACAGAGGAUUGCUGCUAUGGACUACAUUGGGCACUUGUGUCUGCGUGUUCCUGUCUUCCUACUGUUGUGUGUGUUUAACACGGGCCAUUUUGCCUGUGUGUUGCCUCAGGAGGGGGAAUGGAAGGUUGUAUGUGGUCAGUGGAGGCUGAUAGAAUGAGUGAGGCUUAAGCAAGCUAGAACGUCUCGGGAAGAAAAACUGUCAUUAGAGCAUGGUCAGAGCUGGGGCAAGGAGGGAGAGCUAAGUAGUACGGUUUCCCCAGGAAGGCUCAGAUAGUGUAGCUGUGAAGACCCUGGUGCCUGCCCCUGGGCCUUAUAGCUGUGGGUCUCCAGAAGCCGGAUUGUCCAGCCCCGUGGCCUUACUCUGCCCUUACGCUCAGCAGAAUAUUCGCCGCUUCAGAGGCUGGAGAUGAGCCUCAAAGAGCUGCUGGUUUGGAGCCGCAGUGAUCUCUGCCUCCAGGAUUGACUUGCACUACCAGGCCGUGCGUCCUUGCUCUCCUUCCCCGCCCCGCGGGAGGAGAAGUGUCCUGUCCGCUGCCCUGCCUGCUUGCCAUUGGCUAAGGUUUACAACAGGGAAUACUGCCAAUAGCUCCACAGCCCAGCUGGGGAAGCUUGCAGUUUUCUGGUUCUCCUUUUAUUUUUCCCCUGCACUCUGGGAUGUUGAUCUGGUUUAGUAACUGUCAAAUCCCUAUCACUGUCCAAUUGGUUCCUUGUUUGGGGGGGGUGGGGUGUAAGAACGUGGGGGUGGCAAAAAGGAGAGAAGAAUGUUGUAUGGGGGGGUAUGAGAAUGUUUUGAAAGCACUUUUUCCAUUUUUCAGUAUCUGAAAACCCAGUGUUCUGUACGAGGAGGAACUUCUCUAUGCACUGACUUAGUGAGGGGGCCAGAUAGAGGAAGCACUGAAGGAAGGUUCUCCUGUAUGGAGUGGGUAGCACUGUGUCUAUUUCCUGUGAGGGAAGGAAACACGGCUGCUUAGGAAAGUGGGGACGAGAUUCAAGACACGGCAAAGGGGUGGAAAGGAAAUGUUCCACCUAAUGAGGCUGUUCUUGACUUUCUCCACCAAGGUUCUAGAGCCUGUUGUAAUAAUGUUGUGAUUACUAAACUGGUGAGUGUAAAUAAAGAUGGUCCGUCUGUAUGUCAUAAAGUACAUUGUAUUUGGAGCUGGAUUUUCACUUGUUGUAUUGUACUUCUUGCACAGUCUAACAGUCCAAUGUCACCUUUAAUAAACUAAGGCAAUGAAA